UGUUUGUGUUCUCCAAUACACAGUUGCCGUGUUACUGUGUCGGGUGGCCUCUGUGAUGUGCUGCUUCAUAUUCAUUAAAACGUGUGUAUAAAUGUGUUGCACAUAACACAUGUAGACUUCUCUAGGAGAGGAUAUUAAAGUAUGAGGACAGUGCUCCAGUAUACGUGAACUACAUUGUGAUUGCCAUAAUUGAUGAGUUCCAAGUACAUAUAGACUAACUGCUGAAUUGGGACUUGAAUCACAAAGCCAAUACCUUGCAUUUACUAUUGUUUACAAUUUGGACAGAGACCAGCCGACUUGUGAUAUCUAUUUUUCGGUAACGAUGGACUACAGGAUCACCUGCUUGGUCCUAAUACAGAUCGCGGCUGUGGUCGUGGAUGGGGAGGAGCGCACGUGUCACUACAAGUUCGGUGCAUACCAUCCACAGAUAUAUGACAUGUUUACCUGCGCAUGGUGCUACACUUUCCUGUUUCCAAAGCGAGGCUUGACAGCACAUCCGGCACAUCCUUUCCUGUUCCUGACAUCCGAGUCGGGAAGAGUUCACGCCCGACUAAAUCCAGACGCAAAGAACGACACAGCAAGGACAGAGAUUUGCCGAACAUUGACGGACGAACAGUGUCAGAGGUGGCAGUCCUGUUGUAACGCUGCGCAUGAGUGUUGUGACAAACAAUUGUCACUUCCACCACCGGACAAUUCAACCUGCCAAGCUACAUGGGACGGUUACGGUUGCUGGGGUAAAGAAGCGCCAUCUACUGUCAACUAUAUUAAUUGUCCUCUAUACAUGUCCUACUCUAUCCCCACACGACAAGCAGAGAAGAUAUGUCUGCCAAACUCAACGUGGUUGAUGAAGGCAGGGAUGUACUGGACGGAUUACACACAGUGCUCUAAUUAUAAGGAUCUGAAAACCUCGCUGUACCUCGGUAUGGGCUGCAGUAUCUUCAGUGUCAUCGUCUUGGUUCCGGCUAUAUACAUAUUUGUCAGAUACAAGGCAUUGCGCAAGCAGCACAGGAUACGACUCCAUAUCAACUUUUUCCUGGCACUCUUACUAAAGGAAGUGAUGACCAUAUUAUGGGAUAUGUUGGUGACCUAUGACCGCGUUUCGCAUGAGGACGCAUUCAACACCAUACUUGUACAGAAUGGGGUGGGCUGCAAGCUGCUCUCUUUUUUUAUGAUCUACUUCAAGUGCACAAGCUUUACGUGGAUGUUCUGUGAGGGAUUCUACCUUCAUCGAUUGAUGAGUGAUGCAUUUUCCCCUCCACGAUCUCUGGUCACGCUUUACCUGACGGGCUGGGGUAUUCCCCUCCUCUCAUCCACUAUCUACGCUAUAAUUCGCGGUAUAUAUGCCAACGAAAGUUGCUGGUCUACUAGCUAUGAAGAUAAAGAAUGGAUAUUUUAUGCCCCUAAUUUAACCUGUCUCAUUGUAAAUUUUAUAUUUUUAUGUAACAUAUUGCGGAUCCUUCUCACACAACUGCAGUCUCACCCUAACGAACCAAGCAACUUCCGGAAAGCCGUAAAGGCCACGUUCGUGCUGAUCCCGCUGUUUGGAGUACAGCUAUUUGUUACAAUAUACAGAAUCCCAGUUAACAAACAGGCCGGACUAGAGUACGAGCGGUUCUCAUUAUUUUGUAACAAUUUACAGGGAUUCUUCGUCGCCCUCAUAUUUUGCUUCCUGAAUAGCGAGGUGAUCACCCACCUGAGGAAGACGUGGAGACGUCGGAUAAGAGACAGGUCACUUGGAGGGUCCAAACGUCUAAACACAACUCUUAAUCAGACUUUAUCGUUUAACACCGACACUCUAGACAGAAAAUCGUCUGAUAAACGAAACCGGAAAGAGAAUUAUCAAAUGGACGAUAACGUGAAUGGAGACGUUUUUUCAAAGGACAGCAGAGGAAAUGACAUCAGGUAUAACCCGGUUCCAGCAACCGAUGAGGAGCUUUGCUCAAUGCCUGAAAAUAAUCACGGAAAAUGUAUGCUGCAUUGAAUAGCAAUUCGUAGUUACAUCAAACUGGCCAAUGCAUCGGACACGUUAUCAUUAUGGCGGGAAAGGCCAUUGUCUGUGACCCGACCAAAUUAAUUGGAAUUUACAGAAAGCAUGCUCUGCUGCCGUGUUUUACAACAGUGCCACCAUUGUAUAACCUGCUGACGUGUUUUAUAACCGUACAUGUCUGACUGUCAGACAUGCUCAGUUAUCGUUGGCAAUGCUUCAAGUCCUCCACAGACUAAAAGUGACGUAGGUGGAUAAGUGUGCAUACAUAUCUAGUACAUGUAGGUAUAUCGGGCAUCGAGUAAGAACUAAGGUCUGGCACUGUUGAUGACAUUUUGUUCCACUUGACCCAAGUUAUAUCACAUUCAAGGAAGAUGAGUUCACGAACUAAUCUUUAACUGAACUUGACGACCAUUUUGUUUCCUUACUUAAUUCCAAUAAUCGUUUUCGCUGCCACCACGCUGACUGUAAACUUGACUUGGUGACAGAUCUAAUACUAACAUGUGAGCAUGUUGGAUAAUUUACAGAUGUUUGUUAAUGGAGACCGUGUUAGGUUUUAUUAUGUAACAGCUUGAUGUGUAAUUCAAAAUCACAAUAAUCGUCAACCCGGGGAAAAUCGACGGCAACAAAUUACAUCUAGUGAUGAAAAUGUUUUGAAAAAAAGGAAAUUCCGAGAGCACAAAUAUUUUUUCGUUAUAAUCGGUGAAUAAAAGUGCAAGACAGGCAAGACAGGAGAUGAACAGCUACGAUGUUUCUGAAAACAAAUGUUUUUGUGUAUCAGCACUUUCCAUUGAGACUACAGACUAUAGAAAAGUGUUGAAGACUCUUUGUUUGGGUUUUUUAACCUAAGUCGAUAAACUUUAACGAAGACCCCAAACUUGUCUUUGUUUUAUAGAGACUGCUACUGAUGGAUACAAUCAAAUCUGUAAUAUGUACCUAUUAUAUUUAUGUAUGUACAACACGCAUCAGUUGUACACAAACGUAAAGGAAAACAACGAAACAUGCUUCUAUUGUAACUGGUGUAUCGGCCUUUGGAUGCGGUGUAAAACAGACAUGUAUUAAAAGCAGAUUCUGCAAAACAAAAACGUCUGUCCCGGCCGCAUAUCCUUUAGGUAUAUAAAUGUUACAUGAUGGAGCUAGAUAUAGACACAGAUGGUCAAUGUGCUGAACUGGACGCGUGUUCACAGUUUGCUUACUUUAGGAGCGACGACAUGUAUAUCAAACAAGUGUCGCGUUCCUGACCUGUGUUCGUGGGUAACAAAUAGAAAUAAUACACUCAAGUUCAAACAUCAUGUAGCCUCAAGUGUUUUGGAUGUGUCCAACAGACUGGCUUCAUGCGUAUUUUUAUUAAUAACGUGACAAUCAUCCGUGCCAUUUUCAUAAAAAUUCAUGGAUGUACCUCCAAGAGAUGAGCCUAUGUGUAUAAUAACUUUUGGAAACCAUAUUGCUCAUUUCUUGGUUGGUCCAUUGAUCAUAUUAACAUUAUUUAAAACAAAGUCCUUCAUACGCUGCUACGCUCAUACGACUAGCUGUUUUUUACGUAUAUUCACACUGAAAAAUGGAACGCAAAUCGUCCGUUGUUUCCGCCCGAACUAUAUUUUUGAGCCUGUUUCAUUGGAAGAGGUAUCCAAUAUUGGACAUGGGACUACCUACCACCAAGAACUAUAUAUACUUCUCUGCUCCGUAAAAUAAGCACAAUUAUCAUCAUGAUAAAGGCAUAGCAUCAUUGCAAGAUUGCACACUUUUUCUAAUAUUUUCACCUGUGCAAAUAUUUAAACAUUCUUUCAUACUUGUGAAAUACUGUUGAAUUUCGGUUUGUAUAAUUCACUCUUCGGAAAAUAUGCCAUGUGCUAUGUAAAGUUAUUACUUGCAAAAUGCUGUAAAAAUCAGAACUUGAUUGGUCAGUAUAUGGGCCACAGGCGUUCGGUUUACAGUCUCAAAGUAUUAAGUCUUAACGCUAAUGGUUGUAACUUCAAACUAAAAAUGCUAUGUUUCAGACGAAAAUAGCAAAGUCAAGACUAAAUAUUUAAUAUCAUGUAAUAUAUGAAAUCGAUUUUACAU